CAAGUUAAAGAAGUAUACCUCACCAAUUUUCUUUUGGCUAAGGUUUAAAUAUGUUACACAUUUCUCUGUUUCUGCUUUUCUCUUUUCAUGCAUCUCUGAGCCUAAAAAUCUGCUCUUUCAAUGUGAGGUCAUUUGGAGAAGCCAAGCGAACGACACCAGGAAUCUUGGACGUCAUUGUAAAGGUUAUUUCUCGCUGUGACAUCAUACUACUAAUGGAAAUAAAGGACAACAGCAACAAGAUAUGCCCUUUCCUGUUAGAGAAACUAAAUGGUCAAUCACAAGAAGAGUACAGUUAUGUGGUCAGCAAUAGAUUAGGAAGAAAGACCUAUAAGGAACAGUAUGCUUUUUUCUACAGAUUGAAAAUGGUCUCAGUGAAGCAAACCUAUCAAUAUCCUGAUCGGCAACCUGGCAACGAAGAUGCACUUUCCAGGGAACCUUUUGUUGUCUGGUUCUCUUCUCCAAAAACUGCGGUCAGGGAAUUUGUGAUAAUCCCUCUGCAUACAACACCUGAAAUGGCUGUUCGGGAAAUUGAUGAACUCUAUGAUGUGUACUUAGAUGUUAAACAACACUUGAAGUCUGAGAAUGUCAUCUUCCUAGGGGACUUUAAUGCUGGCUGUGGCUAUGUUGCAAAGAAGCACUGGAAGAAUAUCAGGCUGAGAAAUCACACUGAAUUUGUGUGGCUGAUUGAUGACAAAACUGACACGACGGUGAAAGCAAGCACCCACUGCCCCUAUGACAGGAUUGUGCUCCGUGGAGAUAAGCUCAGAAGUGCCAUUGUGCCAAACUCGGCAAACAUCUUUGAUUUUCAGAGUGCCUUUUCAAUGACUGAAGUUCAGGCUUUGGCAGUGAGUGAUCACUUUCCAGUAGAGUUCCAGCUGAGAACCACCAGACAUUCCCCAAGAAGACCAAGAGCAAGCAAUCGUAGACGCCGUUUACAACAGGCCCAGACAGUGGACUACUGUUCUCUGAAAACCAAAAAGAACUGAUUGAAUAUUCACAAGAAAAGAUUGGAGUUCAGUUUUUGACAUUUGUCUUUAUGUAUAUUUCUCUCCAAUAUGACAUACUUCACCAAAAAUAUGCAAAAUGAAAAUCUUUUCAUGGUUAAAAGCAAUCAAGGAUGACUAAAAUGAAUGAGCUAAAAUUAACUUUGCCCAUAACCUAAAAAACAAAUGCAGUGAGAGAGUGUUAAUGCCUUAACAGUAUCUUUGGCAGGGGUUGCUUGGUGACACUGUUCAGAGUUCUUAAACGCCUCUGCCCAUUCCCAGUGUCCAUCUUCAAGCCAAAAAUAUUUUAAUGUUUAUAUUUUAAUAUAACACUUUUUGCUAUAUACUUGUCCUAAUCUUGCAGGCACAUUCACAAGGCCACAUCACUCGUUUGAAGUUAGAGAAAUGUGAAAUUGCUGGUUUGUUUGGGACUCCAAAGGUCACCAAGAUAAAGGGUUUUAUUCAACUAAGCCCUACUCAGAGCAGACUUACUGAAUUAAUGAACUUAAGUUAGUUGUGGCUAUUGAUUUCAGUGGGAGUAGGACUAACAUUGAAUACCUCCCAAAAUCCCCAGCACUGAGACAAUGAGCAUCAGCCGAACCAUCCCUCAGAUCAGGCCACAGAAGAAUACAUGCUUUGAUCAAACCUAGGGAUGGAUGAAUCUGUUCAUUUGAGUUUCCCUCAGUUUCUCAUAUUUCCAGUUUUAAGUUCGGUUCUCCACAUUUUCACAUCAGUUAGCGGGAAAAAAUAUUUUUAAUCCUCAUGAAAAUUCAUCAUUUCUCCUAAUGACCACAUUUUUGUAUGCAAUUUUGCCUAAUAUACAUGUUUUUGUAAGCAAUUUUCUCUGAUAUAGUUCAUUUUUAUAUGUUAUUUUCACUAGUACACACAUCUGUGUACAUUUCCCUCUAGUGUAUGCAUUUCUAUAUACAUUAUUUGGUUGGAAAACUUCAUCACUAAAUUUGGGGAAGUGCGAAUUUCAAAGGAUAGUUAUGUUUCAGUUUGCAUAUUGUUUUGGGAAGGGUGAAUUAGGUAGAUUCACCUUUAAUGCUUUCUCCCAGGCAUUUUAAUAAAUUUAAUAAUUUAAUAAUUUUAAUUUUAACAUUUUAACAUCUCAACUUAUUUUUAGCAUCUUAGUAUGCUAGUAUAUUUGUAUUUUAGUAUGUUUAAAUUGUUCUAUAAAUGGUUUUAAUUGUAUUUUGCUGUCUUGCUUGUUGUGAACCGCCCAGACAGCUUCGGCUAUGGGGCGGUAUAGAAAUUUAAUAA